CCAGCUGAUGCAUCCAAAUGGUCUAAUAUUAACCCAAACAUCGAUGCACGUUUCGUCCCGGAUCAAUUGCGCUGGAUGCGUUUUCGAGGAAGAAUAGUCAGCGGACAGGAGAAGGCUCGAAAACAGCGUGAAGGAGAUGAAGCUGCAAAGAAAGCGGGACGCCCGCGUAAGUCCUCACGCGGCAGUUAA